UGAGUUUCCUGGCCGCGUUUGGCGAGGAUAGGCGUGCGGGCUCCGGAGGCAGCCGAGGCGGCCGCGGCCGCCUGGGGCUCGGGGCCUGAGACCCGAGCGUCGGCACCACCCGCGCGGGGGGCUCCUCGGGGUGCAGCUAGGCUCAGGGAAGCUCCGCUGACCGCCGCCGCGCGCAGACCAUGUUCCUGGUGCGCCUGACUCGCCAGCUGCUCAGGGCCGUUCCCCGGGCAGGCUGCAGUGGGCCCUGGCCUGUCUCCGCGGUGCUGGGCAGGCAUGCCUGCAGGGCUCACUACAGCACGCAACCAACAGGCCCGAGUGGGGUGGUCUCCCUCCCUGGCAAGCGGGUCCACCUGGAACUUGAGGAGAUGCUGGUUCCCAGGAAGAUGUCCAUCAGUCCCCUGGAGAGCUGGCUGACCGUUCGCUACCUUCUACCCAGACUGGACACUGGGGCCCCAGGGACUGUGUCUCCGGCCCAACUCUAUGAGUGUCCGCCUAGCCAGGCGGGGGAAAGGAUCGAGCAGGGGAGUGAGGAGGUCUGGCACCUACGCCAGAUGCAGUGCAAAAACGUGCUCAAGAUCCGCCGGCGGAAGAUGAAUCAUCACAAGUACCGCAAGCUGGUCAAGAGGACUCGGUUCCUGCGGCGGAAAGUCAGGGAAGGACGCCUGAAACGGAAGCAGAUGAAGUUCGAGAGAGACCUGAGGCGCAUCUGGCUGAAGGCGGGCCUGAAGGAAGCUCCUGCAGGCUGGCAGACCCCCAAGAUCUACCUGAAGGGCAAAUGAGUCUCGUGGCUCUCCCCAGCCUCUGUUGUUGAUGAUGACCCGUUGCAAUAAAUACUCAGAGAACGCAACCGUC